GCAAUUGCUAUUUCUAGUGAACCCCUAAAAACAGAGAGAGAAAAAAAAAAGAACAUCUUCCUCUCUGUUUUCUUCUUCUUCUUACAUCUCGAAAACGAAUCAACAGGUGAGGAACUCGAAAUCCAAGCGAGUCCAAACUCGCCCAGAUUCUCGGUUUCUCCAAUUUCGUAAAGUCGAGAUUUUUAAGACAGAACCCAUCAAAUAAAGGUUCAAACUUUCUCCACCCCACCAUGGCGGAACUAAGAAAAGAAACAUCUAUCCCCAAAGACAGAACAAGCCCACAACCCCUAAUCCUCGGCCGUUACGAAAUGGGCAAACUCCUCGGCCACGGAACCUUCGCCAAAGUCUACCUCGCACGCAACGUCAAAACAGGGGAAAGCGUCGCCAUCAAAGUCAUCGACAAGGAGAAGAUCCUCAAAGGCGGUCUCAUCGCACACAUCAAACGCGAGAUCUCCAUCCUCCGCCGCGUCCGUCACCCAAACAUCGUCCAGCUCUUCGAGGUCAUGGCCACCAAGGCCAAGAUCUACUUCGUCAUGGAGUACGUUAGAGGAGGAGAGCUUUUCAACAAAGUAGCUAAAGGACGUCUCAAAGAAGAGGUCGCACGCAAAUACUUCCAGCAGCUUAUCUCCGCCGUCACGUUCUGCCACGCCCGCGGCGUCUACCACCGUGACAUCAAGCCGGAGAAUCUUCUUUUGGAUGAGAAUGGGAACCUUAAAGUCUCGGACUUUGGUCUCAGCGCGGUGUCGGAUCAGAUUCGACAAGAUGGGCUUUUCCACACUUUCUGUGGGACCCCUGCUUACGUGGCGCCAGAGGUUUUGGCGAGGAAGGGGUAUGAUGCGGCUAAGGUUGAUAUAUGGUCUUGUGGUGUGGUGUUGUUUGUGUUGAUGGCGGGUUACCUCCCGUUUCAUGAUAGGAAUGUUAUGGCUAUGUAUAAGAAGAUUUAUAAAGGAGAGUUUAGGUGUCCGAGAUGGUUCUCUCCGGAGCUUACUAGGUUGUGUUUACGUCUCCUUGAGACGAAUCCGGAGAAACGGUUUACUUUCCCUGAGAUUAUGGAGAAUUCUUGGUUUAAGAAAGGGUUUAAACAUGUUAAGUUCUAUGUGGAGGAUGAUAAGCUUUGUAACGUUGAUGAUGAUGAUGUUGAUGUUGAUGAGGAGGGCUUGGAGACUGGCUCUGUUGAGUCUGAUCGGUCUAGUACGGUUUCUGAAUCUGAUGUUGAGUAUUUUAAGCCUGCGAGGAGAGUUGGAGCGUUGCCUAGGCCUGCGAGUUUGAAUGCUUUUGAUAUUAUAUCGUUCUCGCAAGGGUUUGAUUUGUCUGGCUUGUUUGAUGAUGAUGGGGAAGGGUCUAGGUUUGUCUCGGGAGCUCCUGUUUCGAAGAUUAUAUCGAAGUUGGAAGAGAUUGCUAAAGUUGUGAGCUUCACGGUGAGGAAGAAGGAUUGUAGGGUGAGUCUUGAAGGUUCGAGGCAAGGAGUUAAAGGUCCUUUGACUAUUGCUGCUGAGAUAUUUGAGUUGACGCCUUCUUUGGUUGUUGUGGAAGUUAAGAAGAAAGGAGGAGAUAGAACUGAGUAUGAAGAGUUUUGUAAUAAGGAGUUGAAACCGAAGCUGCAGAACUUGACUGCUGAUGAUGUAGUAGAUGAGCCUGUGGUGGCUUCAGCGGUUGGUGAAACUGCGUCUGCGAUUGUGAAUUCUCCACCGGUUUGUUUCUUGCCUUCUGACACUGAGUAGAAGAUGAAAGGCCAAAGAGAUCAUGAGGGUUUUUGUUAGCUGAGUUGAUGAUGAAGAAAGCUGCUUAGGGUUGGUGAAAUGUAGAACCGAAGUAUGUAACAAUACAUGUAAUGUUUUUAUUCAGCUGGAGAGAUCGUUAGAGACAGGACUUUGAGUUAUGGUUUUACUAACCUUUUAGCAGUUUUUGUGUUCUUGUGUGUGUGUGUGUGGGAGAGAAGUUUGUAAACAGUUUCGCAUCAGAUCUUUGAAUAUGUAUAAAACAAUCAUAUCAAAUAAAGAAACUUGUUUUCUU